AUGGGCAAGCCAGUGAUUCCCUAUGCUAAGGUUCACUGUACGAUAGAACAGCAGACCCUUACGAAGGACCAAGUUUCAUUCAUAUAUAAACCCAAGCGCCGAUGGUUCCGUUUCAGAAGGGUGCGGUAUUGGGUUACGAUGCUCAGGCUUGACAAAAUUGAGAUCGAUCCGCGAUAUUCGGCAGCUCCUGGGGACAAACCGCUGAAGCCAGUACGGUUGUUGGAUAUGUGGGCAUCUAGGUGGCAGACACCGGAGGAAUUGAGGGCGGUACAACGUGAUGGAGAAGGCACGAUGUUAGCUGAGAAGAUCUACGAUGGUACGGAGCAAGCACCAGGUCACCAUCAACGACGAGGCCUAGUGGAGGCCUAUCG